AUGAUAUCUGCCCGGUCACGCCUUUUGGUUCGGACACUUGCGCGGCAUGCAAAGCAGAACUCUGCGUGGUCCAAACGAUACAGCAGCUCUUCAGCCACAACGAUUGCCAGCGCCGAUAGACGGCCAAUCAAAACACAUCGUGAAGCAGCCUUUGCAACACUCGGAGUGCAGGCAUACCCGCGAUACACAGCGGUUGAAGCGGGCAUAUCCGUAGUCAUGUCAUUUUCUGACUCUAACCGCAUUUUGCUUGCCGGCGACAUUGUGCGGGUGUCGGGGUUUGUCGGCAAGACCCGGCUUGGCGAGACAAGCGUGUUUGCCACGUGCAAUCCCGAGCUGCUGGCGCCGUGCCUGCACACAAUACCAACACGGUCGGGGCUGGAGGACACGCAGAAGCGGUUCCGCAACCGGCAUCUUGAUCUGCUUGUCAACCCACACGCGCGCAAGGCGCUAGAGACGCGUGCACGGGUUCUGCGCUUUAUACGAGGAUUUCUCGAUUCGCGCGGAUUUGUUGAGGUCGAGACACCCGUUCUGUCAGCUAAUGUCGGCGGAGCAGCGGCGCGGCCAUUUGUGACUCGAGCAGUGGCACUGGGCGAUAACACACCGUUGUUUCUGCGCAUAGCGCCAGAGCUAUAUCUUAAGCAGCUGGUUGUCGGCGGAUUUGACCGCGUGUACGAGCUCGGCAAGCAGUUCCGCAACGAGGGCAUUGACGCCGACCACAAUCCUGAGUUCACAACAUGCGAGUUUUACCAGGCGUACGCGACGGUUGAAGAUCUGAUGACGAUGACCGAAGACGUGCUGCGCGAGAUGAGCAUGGAGGUGACUGGAUCUCCAAAGGUCAAUGUAGGUCGAGACGACGGAUCUGGUUUUGAACUUGAUUUUAGCCAGCCGUUCCGCCGCAUCCAUGUGACGGACACACUGUAUGAAAUGAUCCCCGAGCUUCCGAACGAUCUCGAUAGCCCUGCUGCACUCGCCAAACUUGUCGAGAUUGCCUCUAAGCGUGGCAUUGCAGCGCCCCGCCCGCACACUGUGCCGCGGUUGCUCGACCGGUUCAUCGGGCAUAUUAUCGAGCCACAAUGCGAACAACCGACAUUUCUCACUGGCCACCCGGGCGUCAUGAGCCCGCUGGCCAAAAGCGCCGACGCAGCUGGGCGCACAUCGGCGCGCUUCGAGCUGUUUGCGAAUGGCCGCGAACUGGUCAAUGCAUACGAAGAGCUCAACGAUCCGAACGAGCAGCGGCGCAAGUUUGCAGCGCAGGCACGCGAGCGGAACGACUUGGGAGAUGAGGAGGUGCCUGCACCCGAUGCUGCAUUUUGCGACGCGCUCGAGUUUGGGUUGCCGCCAACUGGAGGAUGGGGCAUGGGCGUUGAUCGCGUGGUAGCGCUGCUGGCGGGCGUGAGGCAUCUGCGUGAAACUGUGUCGUUCGCAUUGCUAAAGCCAGGGAAACAAUAA